UAAUUGACCAAUCCCAAAGUAGAGCACUGACCUAGUUUCCACAACUUGAACAAUUACAAUAUUUCGAGUCAUCUAUCUUUCUAUGGCUUUCUUAUCCAAAGUAACGCUUGGUCUUGUGGUCAUCACUUUUCUCUCGGCCACACUCAACCAUGCUCACCCUGGUUUCAACUUCGAUUGGGGAGGACAUGGAGGAAUAUCAGGAGGGUAUUUUGGUCUUUUCCCUGAAUACUAUCAGUCUUCAUGUCCUCAAGUUGAUGACAUUGUCAUCUCUGUCUUGGAGAAGGCCAUUGCAAGGGAGCCUAGGAUGGCUGCUUCUUUGCUUCGUCUUCAUUUCCAUGAUUGCUUUGUUCAGGGUUGUGAUGCUUCGGUACUAUUGGACGAUAGUGCAACAAUAGCUAGUGAGAAAAGGUCAGUACCAAACAAGAAUUCCAUAAGAGGAUUCGAAGUGAUCGAUGAGAUUAAGGCUAAGUUGGAAGAAGCAUGUCCCCACACUGUCUCUUGUGCUGACAUUCUCGCUCUCGCUGCUCGUGGCUCCACUGUACUGAGCGGCGGACCCAAUUGGGUGUUGCCACUAGGAAGGAGGGAUUCAAGAACUGCUAGUCUAAGGGGCGCAAACAAAAACAUUCCCCCACCAAACUCCACUCUCCUAAACCUUGUCACUUUCUUCAAACGUCAAGGUCUAGAUGAAGUAGAUCUUGUUGCUCUCUCAGGUGCACACACAAUUGGGGUGGCAAGGUGCACAUCGUUCAAGCAAAGGCUUUACAACCAAAAUGGGAACAACCAACCGGACGCGAGUCUUGAGAAGACCUAUUAUUAUGGUUUGAAAUCAGUAUGUCCAAGAUCAGGUGGUGACAAUAAUAUUUCUCCUUUGGAUUUUGCUUCUCCUGUUAGGUUUGACAACACUUACUUCAAGCUCAUACUAUGGGGAAAAGGGCUUCUUACUUCUGAUGAAGUGCUUUGGACUGGGAAUGAUAGGAAGACCAUGGAGCUUGUUAAGAGUUAUGCAGCCAACGAGGGCCUUUUCUUUCAGCAUUUUGCCAAGUCCAUGGUUAAGAUGGGGAACAUUACCCCUUUGACUGGAUUCAAUGGUGAAGUUAGGAAGAAUUGUUGUAGAAUUAAUUAAUAAGUAAUAACAACUAAGAAACAAGGGGGCAGGAUAAUUGAGAUUCAAGAGUGUGUUAA